AUGUCUGCUGGCGAGCCAGAUUCUGUGCCGGCAUCCGGCCCGGCAAAUAACACAACUUACAAACCACGGUAUAUUGAUAUUGGUAUCAAUCUCGCAGACCCAAUAUUCCGUGGCCAGUAUCAUGGCACCCAACGACAUCCCGACGACCUAAGCGCCGUCGUAUCGAGAGCCCGGGAAGUUGGCUGCCAUAAGCUUAUAAUCACGGGCUCUGACUUUACCAGUUCCAGACAUGCUCUUCAGAUAGCUAGAGAAUACCCCGGUACUGUUUACACAACCGCUGGUAUUCACCCCUGUUCCAGUGCCAUAUUCAGCACGACACAUUCCCAUGUAGAUACAAACGGGCACACGAUGCCUUGUGAUGCAGAUCCUUCUAAACCCGCCUCAGAAGAUGACGAGCCUGAUGUCAAGAGGACGACGUUGAUCGUCGAAGAACUUCGAGAUCUCAUCGAUCAGGCACGGAGUAGUAGCGCUGGCCCAAGCCCACUCGUCGCCUUCGGCGAGUUCGGGCUCGACUACGACCGCUUGCACUACUGCUCCAAGAAGAUCCAACUCCACUCAUUCGCCGCACAGCUCGACCUAGCCGUGUCCCUGAAACCACAACUACCCCUAUUCCUGCACUCGCGUGCCGCGCACGCCGACUUCGUCAGCCUCCUAAAAGAGAAAUUCGGCCCGCGGCUCGAGAAGCUGGAACGCGGCGCCGUCGUCCACAGCUUCACGGGCACCGCCGAGGAGAUGCGCGAGCUUAUGGAUCUUGGGUUGUAUAUCGGCACCAACGGCUGCAGCUUCAAGACCGCCGAGAACUGUGCCGUUGUUCGCGAAAUCCACCUCGAUCGUCUUAUGCUCGAGACCGACGGCCCCUGGUGCGAAGUGCGUCCUAGCCACGAGGGCUGGAAGCACCUCAUCGAGGCGCCGAAGCCUACGGAUGUACCUCUAGCGGACGCAAGUACGAGUACCAGCACCGAAACAACCGGCACCAGUACGCCGUCGGAACCAGCAAAGCAGCAACCCAAGGGCAAGCAACAGCAACAAUCCAAGAAGCAGCCGAAGAAAAAGGAGCCGGAAGUACCAGAGCGCUACAAAGUCGUGAAGAAAGAGAAGUGGGUUGAAGGCGCCAUGGUAAAGGGUCGCAAUGAGCCAUGCAUGAUCGAGCGGGUCGGAAAGAUCGUUGCUGGCAUUAAAGGCGUUUCGGUAGAAGAGGUUUGCGAAGCGGCUUGGCGGAAUACGAUUAAGGUGUUUCCUGUAGACGAAUAG